AAUUAUUAACCCCACUCCUUACCUCUCGGCUCUCCGUUUUCCUUCUUCAACCUCCUCCUACUCCACCACCACCACCACCACCACCGCACAACCGCCACAAUGCCGCCCAAGAAGGCCGCUCCAGAGCAGGCCAACGUCGUCAGGUUCGGGCGUGUGAGGAACAACCUCAAAAUGGGAGUGGUGGGCCUGCCCAAUGUGGGGAAAUCGUCGCUGUUCAACCUGUUGACGGAACAGGCGGCUGCGGCGGAGAAUUAUCCGUUUUGUACGAUUGAGCCGAAUGAAUCCCGCUGCCCCGUCCCCGACGACCGGUACGACUUCCUCUGCCAGAUCUGGUCCCCACCCUCGCAGUACCCCGCCUACCUCCACAUCACGGACAUCGCCGGCCUGAUCAAAGGCGCGAGCGAGGGGCAAGGUCUCGGCAACGCGUUCCUGUCGCAUAUCCAGGCCGUGGACGGGAUCUUCCACGUCGUGCGGGCGUUUGAGGAUGAUGAUGUGGUGCAUGUGGACGAUUCGGUGGAUCCGAUUAGGGAUCUGGAGACGAUUCUCUCGGAAUUGUGCAAGAAGGAUUUGGAGAUUCUGAAGAAGGCCGUCGCGGCUGAAGAGCUGGCUGUCAAGAAGGGCGGUGGGAAGUAUAAGCUGUCGCUUCUCUUCACGGACACGGUGGCGAAAUUGAAGGAUAUGCUGGAGAAGAGCAUCCCGAUUGCUAGUGGGGAGUGGUCGACUGGGGAAGUGGAGCUUAUUAAGGAGAAGAUGGCGUUCAUAACAACCAAACCGCAAAUCUACCUCGUGAACCUCAAAUCCACCGAAUACAUCGCCAAAAAGAACAAAUGGCUCGGCAAGAUCGCCGCGUGGGUCGGCGCACACGGCGGGGGGAAGAUCAUCCCCAUGUCCGUCGCAUUCGAGCAAGAACUGUGGGAGGCCAAGAACAAUGGGAGUGCGCCGCCGGAGGGAGCGGGCAGCGCAUUGCCGAAGAUCAUCAAGGAGGGGUAUGCGGCGUUGAAUUUGGCGUAUUAUUUUACGGCGGGCGAGAAGGAGGUCAGGGCUUGGUGCAUACCGACGGGGUGCUUGGCGCCGCAGGCUGCUGGGGUGAUCCACAGCGACUUUGAACGCGGCUUCAUCAAAGCGGAGGUGGUUGCGUUCGCCGACUUUAAAGCUCUGUGCGACAACCAGAAGAGCAUGGCGCCCAUCAAGGCGGCGGGGAAAUAUAGGAUCGAGGGCAAGAGUUAUGUUGUGCAGGAUGGGGAUAUUAUCUUCUUUCAGUUUAAUGUGACUGCGCCGAAGAAGAAGUAGUGUCGGGGUGAGGAUGGACAGGGGUGAGGGGUGAGAGGACGGCGUUUUUUUUAUGUAUUGGUGUGGGGGGUCAAUAGAAUAUGCAUAGAGCCCGUUUUUCUGAAGUGGACCUCGGGAGUCGUUGGUCGGUCGGUUGGACAUGGAUAUCCAUGGCACAACAGAAGAACCUCUAGUAAAUCCAUCGCUAUGUUUGCGGGCACAAGUCCAAUACAACAAAUAUGGCUUCCCG